GCUAUGUCUCUCACUUUGGGUUUGCUUAGAACCACUGAUAGCACUUAAACCUUUUAUAAACGUUUACAAAGUGUUUUCUGGGAUUUACACCUUGUUCUGCGAGUGUGUGUGUGUGGAGGAGACAUGAAUAAACAGAAAAACAAACAUUCAAGUGUCCUGUGAAGAAGAAGAGCUUUCUCUUAUCAUCUUGAAACGAUUGAUUCUUUUAUUUAGCGAUCCAAUCUAAUGCGUUUUUCUGCGGCAGUAAAAAGGGGGGGGGGCGUAGUCGAUAACCUCUCCGUCAAAAGGUUACUCAUCAUGGCUUGUACCCGUUGGUGUCCGACCAGGUCAGCACAGACAAGUUCGCCUACAACUUUAGCAUCUGUGUCUCCCCACUCUUUGGCUCCGUGAGCCCCAAGCGACUUGUGGAGUUUCUGGAACUCACACGGCUACUGGGUGUUCAGCAGAUCUUCUUCUACGACUUCUCUACCUCAGAGAUAGUGCAACGGGUGCUCAGGCAUUACGAGGGCAAACGCUGGGUUACGGUUAUUCCUUGGCGACUGCCGGAGGAGAUGUCCAGCAACAUCUGGUACCAUGGUCAACUGGUGGUCAACAACGACUGUCUGUACCGCACCAUGGCGCAGUCCGUCUACACUGCUUUCCACGACAUCGAUGAGUUCAUCGUGCCUCACUCCAAGGAUGCAAGAACUUACUCCGACAUCAUUCCGCCAGAACUGCCAAACGACACGUGUGGCUACAGAUUUGCGUCGGCAUUUUUCGACCCUGUGGUGGCCACCCAGCUCCCCGACAACGUCAUGACCGUUUUCUCGACAGCAAGGACAGAGGUUAUUAGCAAAGUUAGGACUAAGGUCAUGGUGAUGCCUCGCCGUGUGUUCGAAGUGGGAAUACACCACGUCAGCAAGCAGCUGCUGGAGCCCUGGGAGUCCCGCACCUUUAGCCCCGAGAGGGCGCUCCUGCACCACUACCGGGAGUGCCUCUACGACUAUGGCAUGCGCUGUGACUCCUGGGUGAAUGACACAACCAUUCGGGAUCAUUACAUGCCUGAACUUAACAUUCGCAUUGCAACUGCUGAGGAAGCCCUUGAAAAAGCUGAGAUUCAGUAUUAGCAGCGUAAGACCAGCGAUUUGACUCAAUAGGUAUCUGUAUUAGUAUUGAGGAGAAUGAUUAGUAUUAAUGGGAGACCCUAGAUAACUAGCCAAGAUUGGGAAUUACUUCAUUUGCAUUUCCUUUUUAUUCCUUCAUUGUUUUUGUAAGCUCUCGGCAUUUUGUUCUUGUGAUGCGUUGUGUUGUUAGUUGAGUUGUGCUCUGAGGGCUCGAGUCAGUAAUUAGCGUUAGACCUUACUACGAGGCUCUGCCCAUCACAAGUGCCCAGACCCCAUAGGGUUACGACAAACAUGUUCACAGUGGCGCUAUUCCUGACUUGACUUCCUGUCAAUGGUAUGACAGCUUCCUUGGCUUGAACGCCCCAAAAUAAAGGAAAUAAUCUUUGACUUUAGGAUGAACAAGCCUGAUGUAGUCAUCAGUACUCUCCAUGGUGAUUCCAUCGAGAUAGUCUACUCUAAUAAAUAUUUAGAUACUAUCUAUGAUAAUGGGACGUCAAUACCGACAUGAUUCUCAGUAAUAGACGGAACCUUCUGUACCUCCUACAGACAAUAAAGCCUUUCUCUGUCAGUUCUCUCAUUAUUAUUUAGAUUUAUCAGUCCUUCGUAGAGAGUCGCAUCACUUUUUCUUUCAUGUCUUGGUUCUGCCUAUCGCCUUGUUAAUAUUUGUUCCAAGCAACCAGUGGGAACAGCGGGUUAAAAGGGGGAACAUACAUUACUCCUAUAGUUAUUUUGUGCCUUGUGAGAAGAAUUUAGUCAGUCAAAAGUAGCUUGAAAGCAGACAUAUAACUAGGUUGGAUUGUUAGUUGGCUCGAUUGGCAGAUUUUUCUCUUGGUAACUUUCAACUUCGAAUUGGAAUCAGAUGAGUCAUAAUACAUCUCAUACGUGCGUGCGCGCACACAAACACACACGUGUAAUAUACACAUAUACAUGCAUGCUCAGAGACAAUGGCGUUAUAAACUUUAUUUUUAUUAAUUAAUCAGUUUUUAAUUCAAACUUUACAAACGACAUUUUCCUACGCUAAGCCAGUCAAGCCUAAGAAUUUUACACUAUCAAAAUGCAAUUCCAGCAGCACUGGUCUUCCUCGACCUUCCUAACAAGACCUCGGUAGUUUCUUCCCCCUUCUGUACCCCCACCCCUUCAUACAGUUAGCAGCCGCUAAAAUUCAUUUAAGCAGGGGAGUGGGUGGUUAUUAAGAAGCUGACCCUGUGGGAACGUGCUGGCAAUUAUGGUUGUUUCGCACUUAAGGCUGAUUAGAAACAAGACAAAUACGGAUGAAUACUUGUCCAACUUUUUAUAAAACCGUCAUGGAACUACUUUGCCAAACUUGACCAAACGUUCGUUCAUAUUUGUUUGGUCUCGCACGGCUAAGGAUAGAAGGCAUGGAGAGAGGGGAAAAGGUCACUUCACCCUCGGCGACAUGCGCAAGUUAAAUUUCUCCCUCUUCUAAUGAUGAUGUUUGUAGUUACAAGACUACAUCAUUAUUAUCAUCAUCACUGUCGUUGCCAUGAUCUGCUCUUCAAAUUAAAAACUAAACAACUUGCAUAGUUUUGAUUCAAGUAAAUUAAUGCACACCUGAUAUUAAAUGCAAAAAUAGUAAUGUUUCAAGAAGUCAGAUGUCGAAACACUAGAAAAAUGCAGUAGCUCAAAUUUCAUACUGUAUCUAAUCAAGCGAGCAUAAUUUUAAAAUUCGAACAGCCUAAUUUAUUCUAUAAAAAUACACCGAUGGUUGAAAUAAAUUCAAAAUAAUAAUCAUCACAUUUACAUAGCGAUUUUCUCCAGAAUCAGCAGGAAUCAGAGCGCUGUACAUACAGACAGGCGGGCGAGUACACCUUUUUAGGGCAGGCACCAAGUGCACCUUCAUAUACAAUGCACGGCAAAAUAUAAAGUUGAUCAACAUUGCUCUUUCCCUACCAUCAAAGGAAGGUUCAAAAUGCCACACAAAAAAUAUAACAAUCAUCAAGGACGUUGGUCUCAAAGAAAAAAAAAUAAAUAAAAAUUACUGCGAGCCCCUGUAGUGUAACCACUUGUUCCAAGAAGGUGAAAGUCGUCAGCACAGAUACGGUAGGCAUGGAUUCCACUGGAUGGAUCCUUCGAUGAAAAGCUGUGCUUCAAAGAGCAGUCGACAGUUAUAUGACCCUUGUAUGGGAGCUCAAAUCAUUAUUUCCUGUGAUGCGGCUCAACUUUCAAUGACAGAAACAUCGUUCCAUCCAUCAACUCUUGUGAAAACAAACGGUCAUUGCAGGAUCAGCCUCCCGAAAAGUACAAUGUUUGCCGCAUUUGUGCACUGUACACGAAGCUUGCUGAAACAGCAUCAAAACUCUCCGAAGUGAUCGCAGAAAAAAGAAUCGGGAACAAAGGAAAAGAUGUAAGAGAUAACAAAAAUGUAUGGCACAGUAGUUUCGUGGGCUGUAGAAAAAAAGCGUUACAUUUAGUGAAUAUGUCUGGAAAAAAAUUCUCGACUAUUAAAAUAUCUUGAAAUGAA